UUCCUCCCCUUCCUGUUCCUUCCUUCCUUCUUUCCUUUCUGCAGCAGCCAUCAUGGCGCAGGGGAAGCAGAAGUUCCAGGCGCGCAAGCCAGGCUCUGCGGGGAAGAAGGCCAAGGCCAAGGCGGCUAGUAGUGCUGCUCCUCCUCGGAAGGGAGGCCGCAUUAUUGCUCCCAAGAAGGCCCGUGUGAUCCAGCAGCAGAAACUGAAGAAGAAUCUGGAGGUUGGAAUCCGUAAGAAAAUUGAGCAUGAAGUAGUGAUGAAGGCCAGCACAAAAUUGCCAAAGAAGCUGAGCAUGCUGAAGGCUCCAAAAUCAGAAACCUCAAAGGACCAAGGUCACUCCAGCAAGUCCUAGCUCGGUGUAGUUGGGGACUAUGGGUCACCAUAUACUCUGGCAAUUAUUGACUAUAUUCAUGACAACCAUCUGGUCAGGAGCUAGGUGGGCUUCUCCAAGGCAGCAUUGGAAAUAAAGAGUUUCCUUUCAUAAGAGAAGCCACAUGGACUGUACCAGGCCUAUAUUAUGUUCCUAGAUAAUGAGGAAAGUUUUAAUUUUCAACUCUGUUGUCAUAAUGCAUUUCCCAGCAGUUUGUAUUUCCUAUGUUUAUAUCUGAAUGUGCCUUCUUAUAAAUGACUUGUUGGGAAGCCAUUCUCUUAUAGACCUAAUGGUUGAUUUGACAGUUGUUCCCAGAGCUAUUGCCUGAUGAUGUUUCAGCAGCAUCAGGUUAAUGGAUUUAUACCUGAAGUCAAGGUUUCAUGCCUCCCUUUGCAGAAGCAAAUCUUGGUUUUGUUUUUGCUGAUGUUUGUAUGUUGAUCUUAUUUAUGUACCAGGGCCUAUAAACAUUAGAGUCCAGUUCAUCCAGGUGAUAAGUAUAGAUCUAUCCAGGUGAUCAGUAUGCUACAAAAUUGCAGGGUAUUUAUUCAGAUUGAGGCUGUACACAAUGCAUUUUACACAUGUAAGCCUCUGUGCAGAUGUCAGGUUAAAUCUAGGCUUAGACUGCUGCCACAUUGCAGAAAUAAUUAUUCUUAGACUGGAUCCACUGAAAUCCACAGGAGAAGUUAGUUUGUGACACGACUUUAACUUCCAUGGCUCAAUGCUAUUGAAUACUGGGGUUUGUAGUUUUGGUGGAGCACCAGAGCUCUCCAAUAGGGAUGACUAAAUAUCUCACAAAGCUACAAAUCCCAGAAUUCCAUAGCAUUGACCAUGGCAGUUGAAGUAAUGUCAAUCUGCUUUAUUUCUGCAAUGUGGCAGCAGUCCUAGCCAUGCUGGAUCAGUAGGACCUAAUUUAGGCACGACUAACUUCAGUGGAUUCAGUCUAAACAUGACUGUAGUCAACCUGUGGACUACAGCAGGCAGGCAUCAUUGAGUUAGCAUGAUCCUGAUCUACCAUUUUUAAAAAGGGGGUGUUUAUACAUUAUUGGACUGCAAGUCCCAGCAUUCUUAGUUGGGAUAGCUAGUCAUGAGGAAUGUUGAGAGUUGCAGUCCUUAUGCCAUUUGGAGAGCAGCAUUAUCCACCUGUCAGUUUUAACCACACAGUAAAAUAUUCUGGAGAAUAGCCUCCAUUUCUAUUAUGUUUUCAAAUCAGCAAUCUUAAUGUAAUUUUUUCAAAAACCUUGAAUUGCUUCCCCCUAUAAUUACUUCAAAUGCACAAUGACACUAAACAAUGUCAUUGUGGUGCAUUUAAUACAUUUUUCAUUGAGGAAAUGUGUUCUUAAUAAAGUGGAGUUGUUUCAGCA